GAGCCCCGUCCCUGCCGCCCCCUCCCCGGGGAAGCUACAUCCGGCCCCGGGUUGGGGCCGCUCCCCCGCAGGACGCAGCAGCAGCGGCGGCGCUCGGCGCUGCACGGAGCCGGCCGGGAUGCCUCUCCCUGCCUCCCCGCAGCCCGCUCCGGGCCCCGCCCGGCCCGUCACUGGGGUGACCGAGACCGGGCUCCUGGGCACCCCGGUGAAAAUCCAGCCCCACGGCUGCAAUAGCGGGGCGCUGCUGGGCCGGCUCGGGGUGCUCGUCCAGGCCCUGCUGGCCGCGGUGGCGUUCAGCACGCUGAUGUUAAAGCGCUUUCAGGAACCAAAAGAAGAGAGGCGUCCCUGGAGGAUCUGGUUUUAUGACACCUCCAAGCAAGCAAUAGGUGCCCUCUUCAUUCAUUUUGCUAAUGUUUUCCUGUCUGGUCAUACUGCAGAAGAUCCCUGCUCUCUCUACCUAAUGAAUUUCAUCCUCGAUGCCACACUGGGGAUGCUGCUGAUCUGGUUCGGUGUGAAGGUUGUCUCCUGGGUUGUGGAGCACCGGGAGUACACAUGCCUAGUCUUUGGAGAGUAUGGUGACCCUCCACAAGCUGCUGCCUGGAUUGGCCAGUGCAUCCUUUACUUGCUGAUAAUGGUCUUUGAGAAGACUGUGGUAAGCCUGGCCCUGUUCAUCCCUGGCUGGACAAAGCUUCAGGAGAUUUUACUGGACUAUAUCCCAGACCCUCAGCUAGAGCUCGUCCUGGUCAUGUUCAUUGUGCCCUUUACAGUCAACGCGUUGCUCUGUCCUGACUUGGAUUUUGAUUGGUCUGAAAGUGGUGAAGACAUCUCAGGACUCCAAGGACCCAGCCAGAAAAUGAGACAGCCAGGCUAUCAAGUGGUACUUUAAUAGCAACUUCAAACUGAGCCAAAUGGAGAGAGUGCCAACCAAGAAAACAGCAAUAGAGACUUUGGUAGAAAACUGGAUUUUGAUCUGAUGUUAGAAGGUGGGGUGGGAAUGCUCGUUUAUUGACAGUUAAAUGGAGAUCACAUGCUGGGACUAGCCAGAUCUAUCCUUUGCAGUUAUUUUCCUGAUGGCGGUUCUGUACCUUCUGCAUUCUUGUUGCUCAGUGUGGUGGCUGGCUCCACAUACACCAUUAACUCCUGCUGUACCUGUAUCUGUCUCUAAACUGGACACUCCUAAUCAUAUCAUGGUUAGGACUGUGGAGUUAUAUUUCUGUGGCUGGCCAGCUGGCUGUAGAGCUUGUUAGGAUGGUAGCAUAAGUCAAAAUACCAGAUCUUUUAAUACGAUUUAUGAUUUAUCCUGUACUAACUGUACUGUGACACUUUCUGUAUGCACAGCUUGCUCGUAAAUAACUCACUUGUAAAAAGUAUUUAAAAAUGUCUUUGGGGGUUGGACUGAUCAUUCCACUGAAUCUGACUUUUGUACUGUUUUAUAGGGAUUGCAAUAAAAGUUUGACUUAAA